AUGAUGUCCUCCAAAAUUAAGGAUAAUUUGCUAGCUGAGAUGCGGCGGUCGUUCGAUCUGUCCCAUACGAAACUUUCCAGCGCAGCACAACGCGCCUUCGCAUUGGUUAAUACGCCUCACCAUAUGGUGGUCUUAACUAAAAGGCACGGGCAGCGCGAUGGAGCCGAGCAAAGGUCCAAACCAUACAGUGUAGCCGACGCUCAAGGAGGAUCAGGAUGUGGAAACAUCACAGGAAAGACAAGCCUUGAGCAGCAUGACAGCCGAACCUGUGAGACCCUAGAGAAAAAGCACAGUCUGUGA